AUGGCAAAGGCGAAACAAAAAGCUUCUGAUGAAGAAGAUAUCGUCUACACGUUUCUCAGCAAGGAAAACAGACCGUUCAGUGUGCAGAAUAUCGUCGACGCGUUGCAAAAGAAUGGUGUAAAGAAGACCGCCGUUGAGCGCUCUCUAGCGUCUCUCGUCGAAAAGGGCUUGGUCAAGAAGAAGGAAUAUGGAAAGGCUAAAAUUUUUAUUCUUGCCCAAGACAAGAUCGAGCUUCCGGACCCGGAGGAAGUGACCCGACUCGACGAAGAACUCAAGUCAAUGUUGGCAGAAGUAUCUGACCUUACAGAACGAAACGAUAACCUGCAGUCCACUGUCAAUAUGCUCAAGAGUCAGUACACGUUGGAGCAAGCGAAGGUUCAGGAUGAGAAGUUGACUAACGUCCUCGCCGAAAAGGAUGCGAAGAGAGCCGACCUUGGGGAUGGAUCGAAACUCAUGACAACGGAAGACAAACUGAAACUAGAAAAAGACUACUACAACGUCCGUGCACUUUGGAAGAAGUACAAAAGGAUAGUAACGGACAUCGUGAACCAAAUCGGAGAGGCAACGGGCAAGAAAAACUCGGAGCUAUUCGAGGACAUGGGUAUUGAGACUGACGAAUCUGUCAACAUCAAAAUUUCCGAUUUCCCAGACAUCCAGAACCCCCUGAAGGCUAACCGAUUCGGGAAUACCAAGCGUGCUAUCAAGCGCCAACGUCAGAAAUAA